AUGCAAACAGUACAGCGGUGCUCAGUGAGCGCGAUGACGCCGGUGCGGACGUUCAUGCUUGCGUUGAUAUGCGCACGCGCAUUCACCUACGAUAUAGGAAAUCGAAAUGUGCAUAACUGCACUAUAAAUAGUACGAGCGACGAUGAAAAUUCAUAUGUUUGUAAUUUAACUCGGCUUAAUAAUAAUGAAGAUAUAGCUAACUUAACAGCUGGCGACAAUAAUUCUUACAAACUGAAAAUUAAGAUUAAUCACAGCCGCAUUCAAGACGACUUUUUCGCAUAUCUUGAUGAUGACCAUGAAGGUCUCUAUCAUCUGUCCAUUAAAAAAUAUAAAAAUGAUAUCAAUACAACUAACAAUAUCAAUAAUGUUGAAGGAAAUCAUAACUGGACUGAUAAUCGAAGAUAUUUCUUUGGUCAUGAUCCUCAAAAACUAGUUGUUGACGGCGUUUUUAGCUCCAACGAUAAUUUCCAAGCUUAUUAUUUGGCCGCUAGUGAUGAGACUAUGAACAAAAACAUCAGACAGGCUUUCAUUGAAACCCUUUUAUCUGAUGUUUCUGAUAACGAUGUUAUCAUGGAACUUACCGAUGAGCAAUACUACGCCAUGCCGCGUCUGUUCGAGCUGGACGACUACCCCAGCUGCGUGGGGACGCGCGGCACGUACUGCCUCGGCAGCUUUGAGCUCUCUCCCAUCGGGAAGAACCAACUAUUUAGCAUUAUGCAGAGAUUCUCAGCGAACUGGGUUGAUAAUUUCAACCACACGCGUUUGCACCGAGGGGUGUGCCUCUCGCGACGCUGCGCCUCGCCGCCUUCACACGUACACGAUCUAGGGACAUGGCUCGAGUCCUGCGUAAACGCUAGCACGGUGUCCGGCUACAAUCUGACGGCGAGCCUGUACCACCUAGACUACUGCACGAAGGGGAAAGAGCCCUCUCCCUCGUUCAGCACCAGCGAGAAAGGAUUUGCCGUUCUCGUCGCUUUGCUGAUAACGUUUACAGUUAUCAGCACCAUCCUUGAUACGAUGCUCUCCGUCGAAUCAAAGAAAGACUAUGGCUGGGCACUUUCUUGGUCGCUAACAUACUCGUGGCGUCGCCUGACUGCGCCGGCGCAACUGUCGGGGGCUACGGACCUGCGCGUCUUCGACGGGCUCCGAGUGCUCUGUAUGCUCAGCGUCAUAGUGGAGCAUGUCUGCUGGCUCGGCACGCAAGUGUACAUCGGUGAUACGAGAUAUGUAGAACUGAAUCGUCGUUCGGAAGACGCCAUGUUGCUGGCGAACAGCACGAUCAUGGUGCAGAUCUUCUUCCUCAUGGCGAGUUUCCUUCUCGCACACAAGCUCUUAGAGGAACAGAAGCGAGGCUCAUCCGUCCUCACUUUCUUCAAAAUGAUGUUUAAUAGAAUAAUAAGGGUGAGCCCCAGCUACUUCAUAGUGGUGUGGUUCGCGACAACGUGGUGGGAGCGGCUCGGCGACGGCCCGCAGUGGCGGUCCCUCGUGCGCUCGGAGGCGAAUAUUUGCCGACAGAAAUGGUGGACCCAAUUCCUAUAUGUCAGCAAUCUAGUUAACACAGACGAAAAAUGUUUGAUACAAACUUGGUACCUAGCUGCUGACAUGCAACUGUACGCGCUGGCGCUGGCUCUGACACUGGCGCUGCGCGGGCGCAGGGGGAGUCCCGGGGGAGCUCCCGGGGACAGCCCCGCGGAAGGGGCGCGCGGGGCACUCCCGGUGCUGGGCGCGCUGUGCGCCGCCACGCUCGCCGGGAACUUCGCGGUCGCCUACGUUCUGCGCAUCGUACCCACAAUCAUUGUGCACAAUCCUGAGUUGAUUCGAGCAUCGUACAAGGGUGAGGCGUCGUUCGACUGGAUGUACACGUCCCCGCAGAGCAACGCGGCGGGCACGCUAGCGGGCCUGCUGCUCGCGCACCUGCACUGCAGCGGCGUCGGGCGGCGGCUCGCUCAACGACGGGUGUUCCGCAUUGUUUCGGUGUGUGCAGCGCCGGCGGCCGCGCUACUGCUGGUGCUGCUGGGCCCGCUAGGCACGGUGAGCGUGGGGGACCCCGGGGGUGCUCCCCGCCUGUACGCCGCAGCCCUGGCCGCCGCCGAGCGCCCCGCCUUCGCCGCACUCGUCGCAGUCGCGCUGCUCGGCGCACUCAAUGGGGUCAAAUCCCCGUGGGCGCGGUGGCUGUCGUUGGGUGCGCCGCUGGCACGGCUGUCAUUCGGGGCGCUGCUGCUGCACAUGCUUCUCAUCAAGAGCUUCCUGGCCUCGCGCUUCGCGCCACCGCACCUAGACCGACAGAUCGUGUACAUAGAAUGGUUUGGCGUGUCCGCGCUCUCGUACCUGGCGGCGACCCCGCUCGCGCUGCUGGUCGAGCUCCCUGCACAGAGACUACACAAGGAGAUCAUAUCUCUACUACAAAGAAGAUUUGAUCGAAACAAGAUAAAAAUAGAGGAAAAGACGAUCGAUCUUGUCAAA